GACGAAGGCGAGAGCAGGCGACGGCUUUGCAGUCAGCCAAAUUGGAAUUGUUUUUCGUUUAUUUAUUUAGCUGUAUUUGUGUUUAGCAGUCGCUUAAUUUGGUAACCAUGACAGACUCGGAUGAGGGUGCCUGGAUACCCUGGUUCUGCAGGCAGCGCGGAAACGAAUUUUUCUGCGAAGUGGACGAGGACUAUAUACACGAUAAGUUCAAUCUCAACUUCCUCGACUCGAACGUGAACAACUAUCGCCGUGCGCUGGAGAUAAUACUCGAUCUGGACCAUGAGUCCGCGUCGGAAACACCACCUCAGGCUGAGCUGGAGCAGAGCGCCCAAAAGCUGUAUGGCCUGAUACACGCUCGCUUCAUACUGACAAAUCGUGGCAUUGACCUGAUGCUGGAUAAGUAUCAGAAGAGCGUAUUUGGCUUCUGUCCGCGUGUCUUUUGCCAGCGCCAGCCCGUGCUGCCCAUUGGCUUGAGCGAUAAUCCUGGCGAGGAUAUGGUGCGCAUCUUUUGCCCCAAGUGCAAUGAUGUCUAUGCGCCACGAUCGGGACGACAUGCCGCCAUCGAUGGCGCCUUUUUCGGCACCGGCUUUCCACACAUGCUCUUUAUGGUCAAGCCAGAGGUUCGACCGAAGCGCACCAAGCAAAAGUUUGUGCCUAGAUUAUAUGGUUUUAAGAUACAUCAAGUGGCGAUUCGAGCGUUGAACGAGAAUGUGCCCAUCUUCAAGGACCAUCAGCAAGGCGACGGGGAAAGCAACUGAAUCUUCCACUCGUUCCGUUGCUUGUCAACUUUUCGAUCCCAUAUCCAAAUUGUCUGUGCUUCGGUAACUACAACACCAAUGACAACAGUUGAUUGUCGCUCGUUUGUUUUAUAUUUGUUAGCUGCUUUUCGUUUCUGUUGCCCUUUUGAAAGAAUCUCAUUAAAAAUUGUUAUCGUAA